AUGGCCGACCCAAAGUUCAAGACCCCCCCCCAGGCCCCGCCCCUCUUCACCCACACCUCGGACUCCAUCAUCAGCGAGACGGAGCGUCUCAAUGCCGAGUACAAAAAGGUGCUCGACGACAUGGUGGCUGCUGUCAAGCCCGAGACGGCAACCUUUGCUACCACACUCAAGCCCAUCCUGGUCGACGACGACAACACGGCUGCUCUCCGUCGCAUUCUCAACUUUUACCAGCACGUGUCCCCCAAGGAUGAGCUCCGCGAUGCGUCGAGAAAGGCCGACGAGAUUACGAAUGACUUCGAUAUUGAGUGCAAGAUGCGCGAGGACGUCUUCAAGGUUGUCGAUGGAGCUUACCAGCAGCGGGAGUCGGAGGAGCUCGACAGCGAGUCACUCCGCGUGCUGGAAAAGGAGCGCAAGAAGUUUGUCCGCAACGGCCUGCUCAUCCCUCACGGACCCCAGCGUGACCGCUUUAAAGAGAUUCAGAAGCGCCUGAGCCAACUGUGCAUUGAGUGCCAGAAGAACCUCAACGAGGACAAGAGCUCCAUCUGGUUCGCCCCGUCUGACCUCGACGGUGUUCCCGAGGACGACAUCGCCAUCGGUGACCUUGAGAAGGGCACUGGGGAGAAUGAAGGCAAGGUCAAACUAGGGUUCAAGUACAACCAUUUCUUCCCCCUGGUCAAGUACGCGAAGAAUGCCGAGACCAGGCAUCGGUACAUUGUCGCCGAUGCAAACAAGGCCAACCACAACGUCCCCAUGUUCCAGGAAAUCAUUGAGCUUCGUGAUGAGGCUGCACGUAUCCUGGGCUACCCUGACCAUGCCUCUCUGAAGAUCGAGGAGAAGAUGGCCAAGACGCCCGCCCGUGUCAGCCAGUUUCUGGACGAUCUUCGUGAGCGCCUCGCUGCUGGUGGAAAGAAGGAUGUCGAGAAGCUCCUCGAGUACAAGAAGAAUGACUACGCCAAACGUGGCAUUCCCUUUGACGGCAGCUUCUACAUGUGGGACACAUCGUACUACUCUCGUCUCAUGAAGGAGCAAGAGUACAGUGUCGACGAGGUUAAGGUAUCUCAGUACUUCCCGGUGGAGAGCACCUUUAACGGUAUGCUAGAGAUCUUUGAGGAGAUCUUUGGUUUUGAAUUUGUCGAGGUCAAGGAGGAGGACCGUCGACUGCUCAGCCCGACCGGCAAGGCUGAGGACAUUGUCUGGCAUGACGAGGUCCGCGUCUACACGGUGUGGAACGACGAGGCUGGCGGUGGCGAGUUUGUUGGCUACCUAUACAUUGACCUUCACCCCCGUGAUGGAAAGUACUCCCACAAUGCCAACUUCAACCUUGAGCCUGGCUACCUGCGGAGUAACGGCUCUAGGAACUAUCCUGCCACGGCCCUCGUCUGCAACUUCAGCAAGCCAUCGGCCAACAAGCCGUCCCUCCUCAAGCACAACGAGGUGGUGACACUCUUCCACGAGCUCGGCCACGGAAUCCACGAUCUGGCUGGUCGCACGCGGUACAGCUACUUCCACGGCACCAACGUCGUCAACGACUUCGUCGAGGCCCCCUCUCAGAUGUUGGAGAACUGGUGCUGGACACCCAGUGUGCUCAAGUCUCUCUCGAGGCACUGGGAGACUGGGGAGUCUAUUCCUGAUGACCUGGUGACGAAGCUCAUCUCGACCAAGAACCUCAAUUCGGCCACGGCCAACCUAGCUCAGCUAUUGAUUGGAACCUUUGACAUGACGAUCCACACGCCCAAGUCCCACGAUGACAUCAAGAAGCUGAACGCUGGUCAGCUCUGGAACCAGCUUCGCCACGACAUUUCUGGCAUCAAGGGCCCCGAGGAUGUUGGCGAGGGAAUCACUUGGGGCAAUCGCCACGCCAACAUUGGCCACUUUAUCGGUGGCUACGAUGCUGGUUACUACGGCUACCUGUGGUCUGAGGUGUUCUCGACGGACAUGUUCCACUCUGUCUUCAAGAAGAACCCCAUGUCCAAGGAAGAGGGCCGCCGGUACCGCAAGGUUGUUCUCGAAAAGGGAGGCAGCGUCGACGAGAUGGAAUUCCUCCGGGAAUUCCUUGGCCGGGAGCCUAGCACGGAACCUUUUUACCAGGAGCUGGGCUUGGUGUAA